AUGAAGCCCACUCUGAGACACAGUGCCCUCCUAGCCUGCAAUCAUACCAUCACCUCCCUUCCCAAAGAUGGCAUUCAUUAUGGGCUGAGUGGUGUCUCCUGCUUGUCUGUCAGAUAUCUGUUAGCCCUUUGCCUUGGCCUAGUUGUCCUGGUGGGUCUCACCGGAAACCUCCUUAUGAUCCUGGUUCUUGCUGACAGCUUCCGGGGCAGCAAAAGUAAUAUCGCUGCUAUCACCAGCACCCUCAUGAUCAACAUCUCUGUCUUCGACAUGAUCUUCCUUCUUUAUGACGUACCAGUAAUGCUCCUCACCUUCCUCUUUGAGGACUGGAGGCUUGGGGCAACUAUCUGCAUCAGUAGCCAGAGUCUGUCUACUUGGGCCAUGUGCUCUGGGUUCUACACGAUGGUGGCCACUUCUGUCUUGCGUUACCUGGCUGUUGUCCACCCAGCACGCUCCUCUUCCACCUGCUGCCAUAGACUCCUGCUGCUCAGCUUAACCUGGAUUCUGGGCUUUGUGGUCUCCAUUCCCAGCUGGAUGCAUCAGCAGGUCAUUAGCCUUGAGAGCCGGUUCUACUGCGUAUUGUGCAUGACGGAGCUGCAGACUGUGCUCUACUUUGCUCUCUUUGCUGGCGUGGCUUUCCUCCCUGCCAUGCUCCUGAUGGUGCUGUGCUACUGGGAGAUUGUCCGAUUCCUCUGGUGCCGAAGGGGAGGGGUUAUUCGUGCUGAGAACUGUCACCGCAAGAGCAGGCAGGUCACUGCCAAGAUCAUCACCAUCGUGAUGGUCUUUGUGGUGAUGUGGAUGCCAUAUUGGGUGGUGACCUUCCUCCUGGUGAAUCGCAGCCUCCCGCAGAACCCUGUGGUCUAUGUGGUUUCCAGUUUGUCCAUACUGCUGGCCUAUUCCAACUGCUGUGUCAGCCCCCUCAUUUUCUUUGGUUUCUCAGACCAAACACGGCUGCAAUUGAAAAAUCUUUUCAGGGGGCAUUACAGGGCUAAUGCAGGCAGGAGCCAUGCCUACAGAGCGGAAAUUGCUGUCUGCACCACAGCUCCCAACUUCUACCGACUCUCCUUGGAGACAGAAAUCUCAUAG